CUAAAAUUUCAAAUUGCUAUCCUAUAAUUGUUCUACAUAUUCUGUAUGUUGUAUUGAACUUGUGGAUGCACAAAUUCUGCCGUUCGGCUAGUGUACAGUCCUUGCUUCCAAGGUUAUGUGUUAGUGCCACAUUUAGGGAAUUAGUAGCUUUGGUCAUCUUGAUAACAUCUUUAGAAAAUUUAAUCUGGUGGUUUCUGAGCUUUCAAUAUGUCUUAAUGAAAUGCCAACCAGAGAAGCAUAGUUUUGACCAGAGAAACAUAAUUUUGAUGGCUUUUUUUAAUUUUAUUUUUUUAUUACUUUUUUUGCACCCGAUGUCUCAAUUUGUGGCUGCUAACUAAUAUCACAAAAAUAUGUACUUGUAAAAGGUAUAGUUUUAUGGUCUGGGCAAUGACGGAGUACUAUACAGGUGGUCUAGCACAAUUGCAAAGAUUUUAACAUCUAGACCAUCAGUAAGAAAGGGUUGAUAAAUCUUGAAACCUGAAUUAAGUGCAUGAAACUUAUUUUAAUCGCCCAAUCACAUGGGACUAGAUUGGAUCAGACUUUAGUGUGAAAUUUGGAACUUUGUUUCAUCUUGUUGGAUGAAAGUUAGCAGUUAUACUAUCUUAAUUUAAGUAUGGCGGUCUAUAAAGUGGUAAGGGCCUUAUUUAAGAUUUUCAAGUAGUUGGUGGGAUCCAGCUGCAAUGAAAUUGUGGUAUUUUCCUUGCCAUGGACCUUUACCCCAAUCUCUCCCUCUCCUCAGAAUCGGUCCUACAUGUAAUCUUAUUUUGUUUUUAUCAUUACACUUGAUGGAACUUGUCAAAAGAAUCUAUACUCAUCAGGGAACUUUUCUAAUAAAAUCUCUACUCUUGAAAGGGGUUGCUUUUACUUGAAGUAUAAGAGCAGAUUACCCAUACAUAUGAAUAUUCUAGUGUUUAUACAGGGAUUUUGUCUUAUCAAAUGUCUUAACUUGUUGAAGAAGGCCUCCAUUUUUUUUUUUUUGCCAUUUUAUUCUUCUUCUUCUUCAAUCUGCUAAUACAUAUUUGUAGAAAAAAUUUCUCCUUCUUCAUUCUUCAUCUUCGUCCUUCUUCUUCUCCUUCCAUCUGCCAUUGUUUUUUUUCUGCAAUUUUAUUUCUUCUUCCAUAUGUACAAUGCUUAGUGUACAGUCAUGUCAAGUUUAUACAUUUGUUAAUGUUGGACUUGUCCUUCUAUGCGUAGGCUGUGAAUGCUGAUUCUGUAUCGGAGUUGAGUGAACUUGGAAAUCAAUUAGCCAACAAAAGCCGUUAUCUAAAGUUGAGCAAUGGAAGCUGGAGGUAGCAGUAACGAUAAUAGGGGUGGUGACUCUAGGCGUACAUGGACUCAACGAGAGGAAGAAGCUUUACUGAUUAUCUUAGAUGAAGCUGUAGCUAGUGGGCAACGUUGUGAUACAGGGUCAUUUAAGCCUGGCACACUUACUAUGAUUGAGAGGCGAUUAUCUGAGCUGUGUCCUAAUUCGAGACUGCGAGCGAAUCCACAUAUUGAGUCGAAGAUGAGAAAGUGGAAGAAGCAAUAUGGUAUAAUAUAUGACAUGCUGAACAAAAGUGGAUUUGGAUGGAAUGACUCUCUUAAAUGUGUGGAGGUUGACAGUGAAGAAGUUUGGCAAGCAUAUGUGCAAAGUGCCCCAAGUGCAAAAGGUUGGAGAGGAAAAUCUUUUCCUAUUUAUGAGAAGCUUGCUAAUAUUUUUGGGAAGGAUCGGGCAACCGGACGUGGAGCACAAACUCCAAUUGAUAUGAUAAAUGAAAUAAAUCUGGACACUGCAAAUGAACUAAUUGAUAAUGUCGAUUCUCCAAUGUCUGUGAAUCGAGGAGGUAGUGAGCCAUCUACACAAGUCCAAGCAAGAGGUAAACGAAAAUCUAGAUCGAAGGACGAUGACAUUGUAGCCGGGUUAGGCAAUGCAGCAGAGAAAUUAUUUGAUAAAUUGGCUGCAAAGUUGGAAAAAUCCGAGGCUUAUUAUCCACAAUAUUUAGCUAUGGAGCUUGACAGGUUAGGAUUUGAGGCCAGUGAUAACCUCAAAAUCUCUAAGGCAAUGAGAUCGGAUCCAUCGAAUAUAGAGGUUUUUAAGGUUAUUAAAACGGAUGCAAGGAAGAUUGCAUUUGCUCGUGACUUUUUGGAUAACUAAUUUAGUAAAGUAGUGGACUACAUAUUUCUGUUUAUGUAUGGGAGGAUGAUAAUUAUGAACAAUUAGGUUUGAAACUUAUGAACUUGUUGUAUGGUGGUGGAUGUUUGUUUCUAAAUUUGCAUGUAAG